AUGGGAGUGUACUGGAGUGACGGCCAGCUCUACCACGAGGUGGCGUCCUACUUGGACGGAGAGGCGAGGCGGUGGUUUGCCACCGUGAUGGAGUCCGUGCCACCCGAGGAGGAGAACAUCAACACCUUGGCCGGGAUGCUGCGGGCUAAGUACAUGACCCAACGCACGACCCCCGAGGUGGUCGACCUGUUGAACGCGAGACGGCAGAUGCGGGGCGAGCGCCUCGUCGAGUACGCGCAGUUCUUGCGCGAAAUUGGCGAGCGCGGGGACGUCGGCGAGAGCUGGCUGGUAAACGCGUUCCUCAAGGGUAUGAGCAGCUCUGAAGGCGCGACACACGUGCGCGGGCAUCGACCCCAGUCGCUGGAUGAAGCGGUGCGGCUGGCGAUCCCCCACGCGGGUGAGUACGGA